AUGGGUAGAAAAUCAGAACCACGCCAUCGUUCUAAGUCUUCAAGCUCUCACUCAGUAAUAAAUAUGUACAAGAAUAAAAAAAUGAGAAGAGACAAGAACAGUAAAACCAGAAAAAAUAUAAAAAAGUUGUUUAACACCCUCCGUAAUGAAAGUGAAUUAUCUAAUUCAUUAAAUUCAUUAAAUAAUACUAUUAUUGAGGUAGACAAUACUAUAACAGAUGCAAGUGCCAAAAAUGUUAAUAAUAAACCAAACAGUAGUAGUUUAAUUGUUAUUGAAGAUGAUGACCUCAUCAUAAACAAUGAACCCUGUCCCAUUCAAUGCUCAACACCCAUCAAUAGCAAACACAUUUUCAAUGAAAGAAUUACAACUCAAAGUAAAGAAAACAAUAAUACAAGUGCAGCACAAAACUUUGUUGAAGAAGUAGAAAAUUUAACCAAAGAAAUUAAUAGAGAUUCUUAUUUAACAAUAGAUCUAACUACUGAUAGUGGAUUAAAUGCAACAAAGCAAUCAAAUUUCAAUACAGUUAUAGAUUUAGCAAAUUCAUCUGAGAUACAAGAUUGUACUGUCUCUGACGAUAGCCUCUCGAUGAGCGGAGAUUCUGAUGUAACAGUUAUAAAUACAAAAAGAAAAAAUAAAGUAAAUAGUACACAAAUGAAGAAAUUUGCAAAUGGUAUUGCAAAACUAGAUUCUUCUGAGAGAGGGAAGCUGUUAGAAUAUAUUGCGAAUAAAAUAUUUAAUGGGUGUAAUGGACCUAAUACUUCAAGUAACAGCCUGCACAAUCUAAAGAAUGGUAUAAGUAGAGCCACUGAAACAGCCGAAGACACAUAUAUAAAAGAUGUCAUUUUAGGCCGGUCAUCUAGAAAUAGCAUUGGCAGUAAUAUUUACAAUCCAGAAAGAGAUAUUAGAAAUAAAACUGGCUUGCGAAUGAUUGUAAUAGAUGGCAGUAAUGUUGCUAUGCAACACACCAAGGGAAGAAUAUUUUCAGUAAAGGGAUUGAAAAUCUGCAUUGAUUAUUUUGUACAAAGAGGGCACGUAGUUAAAGCAUUUGUACCACACUUCAGAUGUAAAUAUGGCAAGAGUACAGACGGACGGCUUUUAGACCAGCUGGAGAGGCAGGGCUUGGUUGUGUACACUCCGUCUAGAGAGGUGCAGGGGAAAAUGAUUACGUCCUAUGAUGAUAGAUAUAUAGUCCAAUGUGCGGCGGAAUUCGACGCCGUCAUAGUUUCUGGCGAUAAUUACAGAGACUUGCUCAAUGAAAACCCAAGAUGGCGGCAUGUCAUUGAAAAUAGGCUGUUGCAGUUCACAUGGGUCGGGGACAUGAUCAUGUUCCCACGGGACCCUCUCGGCAGGAAUGGACCUACUUUAGAACAGUUCCUGAAACACCCUUCG